AUAUAGUGCGAAAAAUCUGUUACUUACAUAAUCAAGUGCUUUUUUCUCUAAAAAAGCUAGAAACAGUACCAAAGAAAAAAAUAUGGAUUAAACUGGUCACCCUUAUGAAUGCAUUGUCUACUGGUACAACAUUUCAGUAUAUAAAAGGGUUUAUAAGAAACAUACUUAGCAAGCAGUCUCCGAUACCCACUGCAGCCAUGCGCUUCUAUAUAGAUAUUCUACUGGUAGCUGUAAUACAGUCCCAGAUAAUACAAUUUGUGUCAGCCACAACGCCGAUUCCUCCACUGGACUGUGCGUGUUCAGCUGUCUACAUUCCCGUCUGCGGCUCGGAUGCCAUCACCUACUCCAACGAGUGCGUCCUCAACUGCGUCAGCAAGGACCGCAAAGCUAAAGGUCUCCCCCCUAUCACCGUGAAUAAAAUCGGCGAAUGUCCAAAGUACCAAUGCCGUUGUACAAAAGAAUAUCGACCGAUUUGUGGCAAGGACGGGCACACUUACCACAACGACUGCUACCUUGCGUGCGCCAAUAUUCGUCGACAAUUACUGGGCUACCCGCCUGUUGGAAUCGCCUACAAUGGCCCGUGUAAGAGCACCUGGACCUGCUCUACCGCAAUCAUUCCCGUCUGCGGUACCGAUAAUCGGACGUAUAGAAACAUCUGCUUCCUCCGUGUUGCUAGUUUUCUGAAUCAACUGCAAGGUUUCCCCCCAAUCUAUCUCAAAUCGUGGGGAGCAUGUCCAUGGGAAGGUUGUAUCUGUCCAUUAAAUCUCGACCCUAUUUGCGCCAACGACGGACGGGAGUACACUAACAAAUGCUUCUUUGAAUGUGAGAAAAGAAGGAGACAACAACUAGGUCAACCUCCCUUACUAGUCGUCAAUAAAGGCCCUUGCAAAGAUGAAUGUGUCUGCACGGCUAUCUUCGACCCUGUAUGUGCUAGUGACGGCAAAAGUUAUGGCAACCCUUGCUUGUUGGAGUGUGAAAACAAGAGACGCAAAAAACAAGGCCUGCCGCCACUGAAAAUACUCAGUAAAGGAGAAUGUGGUUGCUUCUGUCCCCAAGUAUAUGACCCUGUGUGUGGCAGCAAUGGUAAAACAUACGGCAACGGUUGCGAACUAGGUUGUGAGAAUCAGACUCGGAAACUGAAAGGCCUCCCACCAAUAACGAUGCUACACAAAGGAGAAUGUGAGAAAUGCUACUGUCCCCUAUAUGUAGACCGGGUGUGUGGAAGCGAUGGGCGAACUUACAGUAAUCUUUGUUUCUUGGGUUGCGAAAACAAAAGACGUCAAAAGCUCAAUUUGCCGCCUUUGACUUACACGAAAGGAGAAUGUCCAUGCCAGUGUCCAUACAUCUACGACCCUGUAUGUGUAAGUGACGGACAGACUUACAGCAAUCCAUGUUUGGUGGACUGCGAGAAUAGGAGACGCGUACAGCAAGGUAAAGAACCCGUGAAGAUACUUUACAAGGGAGUAUGUGGUUGUAGUUGUCCAAAGAACUACGACCCAGUUUGUGCUAGCGACAGAAGGACUUAUGGAAACCCAUGUAUUCUGGGCUGUGAGAACGCCAGGCGAGCUGCGCAUGGUCUGCCCGCACUGACCGUACUGAACAAAGGGCCUUGCACCUGCUUAUGCAACUGUCCUAACACCAACUUGCCCGUCUGUGGGAGCGACAGACGAACCUACAGAAACGUCUGCUGGCUCACCUGCACCACCAACUGCUACCUGCAGAGAGGCUGGCCGCCCGUGCUCGUCACUAAGACCGGCGUUUGUUAAAUCAAAUGCACAAUAUUGUAAACAAAAACAUGUAGUCCAAGUCAUUUAAUCUAAUAAAUGAAUAGCACCAAA